AUGUCGAAUUCAAUUGGAUUUGAGGAAAACGAAACAAUUGAUGGUGCAACAUCCAAAGUUAAACAACUGCACUCGGCACUGAGUUUGAACUCAUCCUCGUCAAGACGCAAUUCAUUGGAAAGAUUAUCACACGAAGAAGAUAUCUCGUCACCAACCAGUAGCAUAAAUUAUAUGUCAUCUUCAUCAACAAAAUCACCACCGCCUUCACCACCGAAUUCUCCACGUUUGGAAAAUACUAAAAAGAUGAUUAAAAUGAUGUCGAUUACAUCUCCCAUGGGAUCACUGAGUGAGUCAGUGGUGCUUUCUGAUUCAGACGAGAGAAGUUCUUUGGAAUUACAAGAGCGUGGCACGAUAACUCCAUCAAGACGUAUGGAAGUAAAUCAGAGUUCUGAUGACGAAGAUACAGAAUUUGAUUCCACGAGAUUGAGAUUUUCCGCCCAUAAAGGUCACAGAAAGAGUGGAUCAGACGAGGAGAGUCCUAGCAAACGACCUAUAAAAUUGUCAAGGGGGGCAUCACCAGCACGCAAAGGUCGCAGAAGAGGUAGCAGCCUUUCACCUGAUUCAGACACAAACACUCAAGGGAAAACAUCUUCCACAAGCAAACGCAAGUCACGUAGAAAAUCAAAAGACAGUGAUAAGUCUCAUCGGUCCGAAUUCUUUGGUACAGGAUAUACGUCUAUGCCAACAUCUGGGAAAGUAUUUAGGAAUUUGCUAAUAUUGGAGGAAAAUCUUAGAGAGCAGGUUAUACAACAGCGAGCCAUGAGACGCAAGUAUUUGACAUUUUUGAGUAUAUUGUGCUCCAUCAUUGCAGCAUUGUCACAUCAUUUAUUCUUCUUAGAUAACUCAUCUACUGGUACUUUGAGGGUCAUCUUGCAAUUUUGUUUAUUGGCAACAAUAGUAACAUUGAUGUUGUACCAUUUGUCAGGGGAAUAUCAGAAGACCAUUGUGCUACCACGAAAAUUUCUAUCACUGACAAACCAAGGUUUAAGACAACUAAAUGUUAGGUUAGUUAAAAUAAAGACACCCUUUUUCGAUAAGUUGACCGAUUUGAUUAGAGAAAUUCUGUUGGCAAUUGUCAAUUUCAAUUUAAGUGUUUUCCAUAAGUUGUCACCUGGGUCAAUUCAAAAUAAGAAUUCGAAAAUAGAAGUAUUUUUGGUAACUUGUCAGUCUCAAUGUCAGCCAAGAAUUGGUGUUACGGACGUUAAGUUAGUGUUGAAUGCAAGAGUUUUCAAUAUUGAUGUCAGGGAAGGAUGGGAAAUGUAUCGAAGUGAGUUUUGGAUAAAUGAAGGUAUAAGAAGAAGAAAUAAUAUGCUUUCCUUUAUUUCUGGGUCACCUAUAACGAAGCCUGUUGGUUUGAAGAGAAGAAAAAGAAAACCCGAUAACAAUAGUUCUUCCACUAAACCAAAGAGUAUCUCCGCUUCAUUAAGUGAGCAGAACUUGCAGGCACUCAGUAGUGGGUUUGACUAUAACAAUGAUAAUAAUAUUGAUCUCAGAAGUGAAACAAGCAGUCCAUUAAGAUCAGAUACUUUGGUUAGCGAUUAA